AUGUCUCAGGUUGGGGCGGCGGAGAAGCAGACCCGGGACUCCCGGACAGCCUCGAUGCUGGAGAUUUUGGGCCUCAAGGGCAACUUCAGCCACCUGAACCUGUCGGACCCCUUCAACGUGCACAAGCUGGGCUCCAGCUACGCCACCGAGAUCCGUGCAGGCUUGACGACUUUCUUGGCCAUGGCCUACAUCCUUCCGGUCAACAGCGGCAUGCUGAGCCUGGCCGUGCCUGACAUGAAGGAGCAGCUUGUGUGUGCCACGGCCCUCUCUGCCUUCUUUGGCUGUUGGUUCAUGGGCCUCCUGUCCAACUUCCCCUUCAUGCUUGCGCCAGGCAUGGGCACCAAUGCCUACUUCACCUUCAGCAUCGUCUUGGGCCGUGGACUCCCAUGGCAAGCCGCCUUCGCGGCCGUCUUUGUGGCGGGCUGCCUCUUCACCCUGCUCAGCGUCACGGGCAUGCGGACACUGCUCAUCCGGCUCUUCCCCACAGGCAUCAAGGAAAUCAUCGGGGCAGGCGUCGGGCUCUUCCUGACCUUCAUCGCCUUCCAGGGUUCCGAGGGCAUGGGCAUCUCCGUCGCAGAUCCCGCCACGCUGGUGAAGCUGGGCUCCUUGAGCUCAGCCUCCUACGACUCGGCGAAGAUGUGGAUGAGCCUCCUGGUGCUCAUAGUCACAGCCACCCUCAUGGCUGCCAAGGUUCCUGGGGCCCCCUUGGUCGGCAUCGUCUUUGGAACCGUGGUGUGCUGGAUCGAGGGCUGGGCGCACGGCGUGGAAGGAUCCGUCUUCGGCUACCCCUUCGGUACCGGAGGCGACCGGUCCGCUGAUGACUUCCACAUCUUCGUGCCCACCGGCAUUGUCGCCAAGCCUUCUCUGGAGGGCCUCGCCGGUGCGCUUUGGGAAGGCUUUGAGUGGGCUUUCCAUCCGGACACCAGUGCCACGUUUUGGACCGCCGUGGCGACGUUCUGCUACACCGACCUCCUCGACUCCUCCGGCACAUUCUUCGCGGUGGCGAAGGUCGCAGGGCUCACAGACAGCCACGGCAACCUUCCCCUGGCCCGUCAGAACAUGGCCUACCUGGCGGAUGCGCUGGCCAUGCUGGUGGGCUCAGUGCUCGGCGUCUCAACGGUCGCCACCUUUGCGGAGUCUACGGCCGGGGUCGCAGAUGGCGCCAAGACCGGCCUGGCCUCGCUGGUGACGGGCACCUGCUUCCUGCUGGCCAUUCCCUUCUCCCCGGUGGUCUCCGCUGUCCCUCCGCUGGCCUCCGGGCCCAUCCUCUGCCUCCUGGGCGCCAUGAUGUGCAGCUCCGUGCGGGGCGUGGACUGGGACGACUUGGAGGAGUCCGUGCCGGCCUUCGUGGCCAUGAUCACCAUGCCCUUCACUUUCAGCAUCGGCUACGGCAUCAUCGCCGGCUUGGUCUUGUGGGCCUCGAUUCAGGUCCUGCUCGCUCCCCUGCGGCUCUACCGUGGAGAGAGCCCCAUGGUUCGAGUUCACAUGCUUUGGGCUUCUGCCUUUGUCGAAAGCAAGGAUGACAAGCUGGAGAACGGCAAGGACACCCCCAGCACCAUCACCCCGAGCCAGUCAUCCUCCGAGGUCUAA